AUGCGUCCUCCGCCCCCGCCACGAUACGCCCCCGCCAGGCCCUCGCAGGGGCGUGCGCCUGACAGGUGGCAGUGGGGGCAGGAAAUUACCAACUUGGCAAGGCUGGAUAACUUAAAAGAUCUGUGCCUGAACGACCCCCAGUAUGAGCCCAGCCCGGUUUGUCACCUGUGCAAUUACGCGACGCACGUCCUGUAUCACAUCCCUCAGCUCCAGAGGCUCGACACUUACGAUGUUUCUUCAAAACAGAUCAAGGAGUUAGCCGAGGCCCUCUUGAACUCGCCAAGGUCCCGCAGAGACCAGGACAGCUGGCCUGAUGGGCCCCCUUUCCCUCUCCCCCUCCCGUCCUUUCCCCUCAAGUCCACCGUGAUGGAAAAGGUGAUGUGCACUACAACAUGCUUGGCGUCCAAGAGCGCUCAGAGACAGCUGGAGGAGGGGCUCGAAAAGCUCAGAGAAAGGAAAUUCAAGCUGCAGAAGCUGCCUGAAGAGCGGAUCAAGCUUUUCCACUGCCACAUCAAACAUCUGGAACGUGAUUUGGCGGACCUGCAGGCCUCUGGAAAGCAGCAGACAAGCAUGUCCAAGAGCUUUGACGGGGAAAAGUCAAACUGCGCCGGGGAAAACUCCGACAAUGCCGCCGAGGAAAUCAAUUUGGAGCGGCAGUUCCUACACAAAUUGGACUGCGUCAGAACAAGAAUAGCCUUCUGGAACAAAAAGCUGGAGGAGUUCAACUCCUGUUACGACUUGAUCCUCUCCCGGUUUUGCACCUGGGACUUCAAACCGUAUGGCAUUACGGCCGUGAAAGUCAACCGCGUCAUCAGGGUACAUAACCGGAUAUUGAGGCAGAAAUUCGAGGAGAAGUUCCAGAGCUUCUUAGAGGAAGAAGAGUUGAACGAUUCCACAAAUAAUAGGAAGAAGCUCGAAUAUCUCUUCUAUGUAUUGAACCCGGAAGCGCCACUUAAAAAGAAAGAGUUGAUCCAAAUCCUGGAGGAAGGUUUUCAGGAAACCCAGAAGGAGUUUCCCAACCUGCGUCUGGCAGCUAUACCCACUCAUCACCCAUCUAUGACCAGUGAGGACCUGGCACCCAAAACUGAUCGAAGGCACUGUGGAGGGUGA